CUCUCCUCUCAGCCUCCCAUUGGCUGGCACGGUUCCGUGGAGGGACUCCGCAUGGCAACCUGGGCUGACCUCACACUGGUGGCCCCGAGGCAGAACCAGAUGCUGGGCAGGGAGCCGUGUUUCAGGGCAGACGCUGGGCUCCAGCCGGACGGCUCCUUUCACCCGCAGGAUAAGAGACGGCGGUGCUGGAGGGAUGGGCCAGCCUCCGCGUUCCUUCGCCUUCCUAGUUUUGUUUUUAAUGGAAUGGCCAUUGCAUGUGUGCUUGCCUGAUGCAGGUGAUAGGGAGGGUGAUAUACCUGAGCCGGUCCAGGACGUGGCCCCCAGCACCAGCACCUGGGACGCAGUGUCGAGUCUGCAUCGACGUGCUCUUGUUCGAGUGGUUGCCAUCACGUGUGCGGCCUUGAGCGUGGCCUUGGUCUGCGGGAUCGCUGUUUCCUACGUGAUAUAUCGACUGGGACAGGAUGAGGAGAGGGAACAGCUUGCCGAGCUUUAUGAAAAUAUCCAGAUGCCACUGUCAGGAGACGAAGAGGAGGCCUUCAGGGCCGGGCGCCCAGGCGAGGCUGGGGAUCUGCUUUCGGGGAACGAGGAGGAGCUGGCGGAGUUCAUUAAUUCAGCUAUUAGAUCAAAAAGAAGACAGCAUCUUGAAGGAGCGGGAUUGGAGAGCGUGCAAAAGCAGUAGAGGAAGCACAGCAUGGAAUGCUGGGCCCCUUGCAAACGUGGGAAACCCGUGGAAGCCAGUGAGAGAGCCGCAGGCCGCGCGACCCCGUGUGGGGAACACACGGUGGGACGUCAACCUGAGGACAUGCGAACCCCCAGGGAAGAAAACU